AGAAGAGCGGCGUUUUAUAACCGUGUGGAGUUGUUCUCCAGAGAAUGCGUGUGUGAGUGAGCGAGUGAGUGAGCAAGAGAAAGAGAAGAGACUUUGUCAAAGGACGGCAGUAGCCGGCAUUUUUCCUUCCCAAUCGCCCGUUCGAUCCACCAGUUGUGUUUGCAGUCUCACGUUCCCGAAUUCGUGGAGGACUCCAACUCGCCUGCUAUCUAUCUCCUUCCCCCCCGGAUUGAACUGAAACGGCGGGCAAACUGCGAGCCAGGAACGACGACAGAAGCCAGGCAGGGAGGGAAGGAAGCCGCCGAUCAUGAUGACUCGAAGUCUUUAAGUGUACGAGGAAUGACUGCGGCUAGUUCGCAAGCACAAGAGCCUUGUUCAUCCGAAAAGGCGGCGACAGCGCCGUCGUCCUCGUCGAGUUUUUUUCCCUUCUCUCCUUUAAGCUGACCCUGAGCUGGAGCGUGCGUGCCGAAUCCCUCGGAAACCCAAUCCAUUGGUUACACCGAUGGGCUACAGCUAGCUGCUUGCCAAGCCGGGGCACUUCCUUCUUUGAGAAUUGUUUGCGUUGAAGCGAGAUGUGGGGGUCGGCGUUGUGUCGGCGUUGUGUCGGCGUCGGGCUGAUUGAGGGGCGGGAAACGGCGGUGGUCGUCGUUCCUGGGAAGUUGUCGUGGAAGGCAAAAGGGCUGACGGACGAAGGGACGGACGGAGUACAGAAGCCUAAGAAGAGAGCGAGCUAUGACUGAGGUCUGAUCACUAAAGAGAAGAGGAGAAGAACAACUCUGAUAUUGUUGAAGCAGUGGUUCGUGAAGUGAGUGAAACACGAUGGCGUCUGGAUGUGUAAAAACACGAAGAUUCUUCGAGAAUGGAACUCUGGCACAAUUCGAAUAUGUCCUGGGCCUCUACGACAAGUGUCUGAAGCUAAAGGCUGAUUCCAAAAGUCAGAAACCUGAGAAUAUUAUCAAAUUGGACAAGUGGUAUCAAAAUGAGUUGCCCAAGAAGAUCAAGUCCAGAGGCAAGGACCCACAUUUGAUUCAUGACGAGCUGGUGCAAACCAUCAAAUGGAAAUUAGCUCGCGGUAAAUUCUUCCCUCAACUCACCAAUCUUGUCCGGAUCAACACCCCGAAGGCGGUUCAAACAGAAACCAGAAAAGCCUUUCGGAAACUUCCAAAUGUUGAGCAAGCCAUAGCCAAUCUGUCCAAUCUGAAAGGCGUUGGCACCACGUUAGCUUCAGCCGUCUUGGCCGCUGGUGCCCCUGAUAUGGCCCCUUUCAUGGCCGAUGAAGUCUUGUGGGCUCUUCCGGACGUCGACAGCUUGGAUUACACGAUGAAGGAAUAUAAUCGCCUGGUUGAUCAUGUCAACCAAUGUCUGGAACGACUCAACGAGCAAGGAGCCACCACCUGGAAUCCUCACAAAGUCGAACUCGCCGUCUGGACCUAUUACAUUGCCAAUGACCUCAAACCCGAAUUACUAGACGAUAUGCCCGAGGAGAGUCGAGCCAGUGCUGCGACUGCGACCACUACCACCACCACCACCACAUCCUCCAACAAUCCCGUUUCUCCCGAAAAGGAGGACAAUGCGAGUGCACCAAUCACCAACGGAUCCACCGUGGCGACCACGCCCAGUGACGAGAAUGGCGACUCGAAAGAUUCCAAUGACUCCACCAAUGAGAGCAAAUCCAUCGCCGAUGCUGACGUGGCUGAAUCAGAGGAGGUCAAGCCUGCGGUUGAAACGCCUUCAGUAUCUCCGGAAGAGAAUGGGUCGUCGGGAAAGAAUGGGUCAAGUGAGGAUGGUGCUGAGGUGUCGUCAACGGCCGAGAACAACACUAAUGGCGGUUCAAUUGAGAAUGGCAAUAAGGACACAAAUGGUGCCAGCACUGCUACAAAUGGGGACGUGACCUCAACUCCGCAAGAGAAUGGCACAUCAAAGGACAAUUCUUCCGAUGAGAGUUCGUUGGCCAAGGAUAUCAUGGAUCAGUCCGAGGAGAACACGAAUGACUCCACCAAAGAGAAUAAGGAGGCCACGAAGCGCCCUGCACCUGCUGACAGCUCGACAGAUAGUGCGGAAUCGCAUCCCGAGCCCGCAUCAAAGAAACUGAAGGCCACGGAGGGCGAGUCAGCCCAGCCUGAUCUCGAACCUCAGAGCCAACAGAGUACUCCCCUGACAACGCGGGUUUUGAUCUAUGUUGAUUUCUUCAACCUGUUCGCCACCGAAAACCAGGACAUUUCCAUUGAAGACUCCAAGGCCAGGUUCGUGUCGUUCUUGAUCGAGCAGAUUAUCGUAGGGAGUCCAUUCGAUAUCCCUGGAGCUUGCGAUUUCAUUGGUCAACUUCCCGAGGACAACAAUUUUUUUGCCGCUUUCCACGGUCAGCAUCAACGGUUUCAUUCACGACAACGGAAGGAUGAAGAACGCAUGAUGGACAGGGGCUAUCUCACCCUUCAAGGGUUAGCCGUGGAACCACCACGGGGCGUGAGCGUGUUACCGGUGGCCUUGGCUUCGGUGGCACCCCCACCCUUGGAUCGUCACAAUGCCGUUUACUUGGGCAUGGUUCUCGCUGGAGUGGGAUUCUUACUUCCAUACAACAGCUUUAUCAUUGCUGUGGAUUACUUUCAAGACAAAUAUCCUGGGAGCACUAUCAUUUUCGACAUGUCUCUGGUUUACAUCCUCUCGGCCUUCGGUUCUGUUCUGUUGAACAAUAUGUUGGUAGAAGUUUUGUCCAUGAACAUUCGAAUAUGCAUUGGAUAUGCCAUCUCAUUUUCCGUACUGAUGUUCAUCACGGUCUUCGAAGUGUGGUUGGACGUGCUUCCCAAAGAAGACGCUUAUCGCAUCAUUUUGCUCUCCAUAUCUCUAUUGGCCGUGGGAUGCACGGUGCAACAAUCCAGCUUUUACGGAUACACCUCGAUGCUGCCCACUCGUUAUACUCAAGCUGUGAUGGCAGGAGAAAGCGCUGCUGGUUUCAUAAUAUCCGUUAGCCGGAUUCUUACCAAGACCUUGAUUGAAGAUAUUCAUACGAACACCAUGUACUUCUUCGGAUUGUCCUUGAUGAUUGUCGUAGCGUGUAUAUUUAGUUAUUCGCACAUCAGCGAAUCCGAUUUUGUCUCCUAUUACAUACAAAUUUGCCAACCUUCUAAGGGCAUUUUGACCAUGCGACCCGGCGACACACCCAUGAUCACCACACCCACUCGUAUAAACGAGAACUCGGAGAGGGAGAAUUCAAACACUUCAAAUGGGGAAGGUCCUUCGAUUACCGACUAUGUCGAGGUGGACUUGGACGACUCAAGGCCGAUAUUUGGACCCUCCUGUCAACUAGGAGAUGACGGAGGAAUGCCUGCAAUUCAAAUAUUUAAGGAGAGCCCGAACCGUCUAAAGAAGCUCUACUCCGAUAUCAAGGGAGGCUUGCAGGAUCGAUGGACUAUUGUUCGAAUCAUUUGGCCGUACAUGUUGGCAAUUGCGUUGGCCUAUUUUGUCACACUUUGUCUCUUUCCGGGGAUCGAGUCGGAAAUCACGAGCUGCUCGCUUCAAUCUUGGAUGCCGAUUCUUGUGAUGGCCGUAUUCAAUCUAUCAGAUCUCAUUGGCAAGAUUCUGGCGGCGCUUCCGUACAAAUGGUCUCGUCCAGAAUUGGUUCUCGUUUCGAUCUCGCGGGUUUUAUUGAUUCCUUUGAUGCUAUUUUGUGCCACGCCGCGAGCCCAGCCACUCAUAUCCAAUGAAGGCUACUCACUCGUCAUAUCAGCUGCAUUGGGUAUGUCAAACGGCAUAUUUGGAUCGGUUCCAAUGAUGUUAGCCCCCACCAAAGUGGACGAAACUCAAAAAGAGUUGGCAGGGAACAUUAUGACUUUGUCGUAUAGUAUGGGCUUGACCGUGGGAUCAGCCGUCGCCUACGGAUUGGAUGAAUUUAUCGGUCCAUCGUUAGAGCGGCAAUGUCCUUGAAACGCUUCUCACUCGUCAUAACUGAACAUAUCUCAAUGGAAACGAUUUGUACAAAUUUGCUAAGAACAUUAUGUUUCAUGAAAUAUUAAAAGAUAACUUCAUGACCGACAGUAGUACAUAAAAACCG